AUGGCCCGGAGCCUCCGCCGGCCUCGCCGCGCCCCACUCGACGAGCAAGCCACCCACGAGCUCCUGGGCGCUCUCACCGCCUUUACCUCGGCCCUCGACUCGCGCCACGGCCGCCUUGAGCUCGCUGCCUUUUGGGCCGCCUCGCCGGCACGCGCUGCUGCUCUCUACCGCCACGUCUUCAAGUCGCCGGCUUGGUCCGUCGCCGCAGGCUCUGAUCUCGGCCCGGACCUCGUUCACGCCGCCACUGCCGCCUCUGCCGCUCUGCAGGACGUCUACGCCACGGCUGCCCUCGACGGCCUCACCCUCGACUCUCUCCACCGGCUCCGCCACGUCGCCUGGGACCUCGUCGCGCCGGCUACGUCCGCCGUCCUCGUCAAUGCCCUCGUCGCACUCGCCCUCGACGGCCCGCCUUCGGCUCUUGCCGCCGUCCAGAUGGCCCUCCUCGCCCUCGACGCCCCCGACCUCCUCGCCGCUUUUGAGGCCAAGACCUCACUCGACUCCCGCACCGCCCCCGCCCUCCACGCCGUGCUUGAUGCCCCGGCCGCUCCGCACCAGCCGGCCGUCUGGCUCGCGCUCUACGAGCACGUCACCGUCAGCGAGCGCCACGUCCUCGACGUCGUCCUCGACCUCGCCCUCGCCGCCGCAGGCACCGCCAAUUGGCCGCUCCUCGCCCGCCUCGCCUCGCUCUUCCCCUGCCUCGCCUCGCUCUUCCUCGUCCUCGGAUGGGACGUCGUCCAAGCGCCGGCUGCCCGCUCCGCGCUCCUCGCAGCCCUCGCUCAUGUCCUCGACACCGACCUCUCUGCUGCCCCGCUUCCGCUGCCUGCCCCCUCGCUCGCCGGCGCUGUCGCCUCACUCGUCUUCCGCCUCCGCAUCGUCGACGCCCUUCCCUCAGCUCCAUCGCUCGACCUCCUAGACCUCCUCGCCCAUCACUCGCCGCUCUACGCCCUCGCCGCGGCCCUCGACUUGCCGGCCGCCGAAAAGCUGGUCGUUGACCUUCUCGACGCUGCCCCGGGUCCGGCCGUGCUCCCGGCAUCCGCCUCCUGUGUCGCUGACGGCACGUGGGCCCAUGCCUUUUACGCACUCUUUCACGGCCUCUCCAUCCUCUCUUCUUCGACAUCAGACUCGUCUGUCGCAACAGCCGCGCUGAGCAACCACCUUGACGCUCUCGCUCCCGCCCAUCCCUUGCUUCUUUCGGUUUGUGAAGCGCUUUACCUCCUCGUCUUUGCCCCGGCUCUCGCUCUCGCUCCCGCUUUCGACGGUCGCACCGCCAUCGCCUCGCGCGAACUCCUCGACGCCCUCGUUGCACACCUCCCGCCCGUCCUUGCCCGCCUCGCCGCCAACCUGCGCACCACCGCCGGCCCGCCGGCCCUCGUUGCCCGCACCCGCUGGCUGAUCGGCCAGCUCGCCUCGCUCACCCAGCGCCUCGCCAUUGCCGCGCCGGCUGGCGACGACGCCGAGCUUGUUGCGCGCGUCCUCGCUCCUCCGCGCGACCUCGUCUCCAUGUGCAUCCGCCUCGGUGCCUACGACAAGGCCCGCGACGUCAUCGCCUCUUUCGAUCUCGGCGACGACCUCGCCGCCCUCGUCACGCGCGCCGAGCUCAUAGACUCGGCCGCAUCCUCGCUCGCCGCUGGCAGUCAUGUCGAUGCCUCGACCUGGCUUGCGCUUGACGAUCUGUCGGCCGCUCUCGACCUUGCCGUCGCCGCCAGUGAACCGGCCCUCGCUCGCGCCACCUUGGCGCACACCCGUACCUCAUUCUCGGCCUCGGCCGCAGUCCUCGACGUCGUCCUUGCUGCCGGUCUUGCGCCCGACAGUCUCGACGCGCCCUGGCAUGCGCCUGAUGCUGCCAGCGCCGCCGACGCCCUCGCUGCAUCAGACCGCACCCGUGCCAUUCUCGUCGAGCUCGACGGCACGCGCCUUGCCGCCGCCUCGCCUGCCCAGGCCUCAGCCCUCGCUGCCGCGAACCAGCGCGACCUCGCCAGCCUCAUCGCCCGCGGCGAGCACCUCGCCACACCGCCUCUUGUCGCCGUUGCCGCUGCCCUGGACCCAGACGCCGUCAAUCAAGACGCAGCCAAAGUCCUCGCUGACCAGCUCAACAUCCCGGUUGCCGUCGCCGCUCUUGCCGCUCUCGAACAGAGUCUCGGCCUCCCGUCCGGUGCCACCGCGGCCUCACUCGGUUGUCGUGGGCUGCCAGACGAGCUCAGCCUCACUCCAUCCCUCAUGACAUGGCUAAGCACCAUCGCCUCGCCACUGGCCGCGCUCGCCGCCGCGCACCUCCUCCCUCUCGCCCUCGACACCAGCGGUCAUCUCGAGCCGUCUGAACUUGCCGCAGCCAUCGACGCCCUACCCGACUCCGUGCUCAAGCGCUGGGUCCUUGCCCGUGCCCGCUCGCUCGCUGUCUUUGCAGGCGUCUUCCUCGAAACCCCGAUCGAUUUACACGCCCAGUACGGCCAGAUCCUCUGGCCAGGCGCAGACGACGAGCUCGAAGUCGAAUCGGAGCCCGAGCCCGACUUUGACUCGGAGCCGGAGCCGGAACCCGAACCCGAGCCCGAGUCCGACAUGGGAGACGAUUCGUCGAACUGGGGCUCGCCCGCCGCCGUCCCCACCAAGCCGCCCCAGCCACAGCCGCAGCCGGUUGCUCUCAAGCGCGGGCGGACCUGGUGGAAGCGCCGCCGCAAGUCGUCCAAGGACGUCGCCGGUGUUGCCGCGGGUGUCGCGGCGUCAAUGACCUACGCUGCCGGCUCGCCGGCCUCGCCAGUCUCGCCGGCGGGGGCGAACUCGCUCCCGGCCGGCCUCGACGCGGCUACACUCUUUGCGUCGACGCGCGCCACUCACUCGGAAGUCAGCUCGGUCUCAGAGACCUCAGGCUCGGUCUCGGUCUCGGUCUCGCCGCGGCGGGCGGGUGGGCUCGACGCCGACGUCAUGGAUGACUUUGAUCCGCUCAACUCGACCCUGGGUGGCGGCGACGAUGAGCUGGAGCUGGAGCUCGCCGCCACAAGGUCCACCACUGGCCGGUUCAUGUUUCGAGCGCUGGUUGCAACCCGCGACGCCGACGGCGAGCUUCGGGUCCCACCUGGCCUGCAAAAGUCCCGCCUCGCCACAGGCUCUGACCACCGACGCAUCUCGGCCGCGGACGUCGCCCGCAUCCGCACCCAGGUCUCUGUUGAUGGAUGCGGCGACGAGCCCGCUCUCUACUCUCGGCUUGUCGAUCAGCUCUUGGUUGAGGGCGCCUACGACGACGCACUCGCGCUGGCUAACGCCACUUUGCCGGGCGGUGCGCCCGACACCGUUCUCCGCGCCUUUAUCAAGUACUCGGCUGACAUGCCCGCUGUCGCCGCCGCCGUCCUGCAGCUCCGCGACAAGGCCGCCGCCGCGGUGGUGGUCCUCGAGCACAUCAAGCAGUGGGACAUCGACACGGGCGUCGACCUCCUCCGCAAGCUCGUGGCCUGGGGUCAGAGUGCGCCCGAGUGCAUGGCGGCUGACGCGGCCGCCGCGCUCCAGUCCAAGUACGACGAGCUCAAGCUGGUGCAGGCCGUCAUGCGUGCAGGCGUCGCGCUCCCGCGAAACUCUCUCCGUGUCAAGUGGCUUGCCCUCGCCUCGCGCAUGGAGUCGUCACCACAGGCGGUGGUCGAGGAGCUCGUCAGUCUCGAGUCGGGUGAGUUUGAGCUUGCCCGUCAAGUCGCUUCCCGCUACGGCGCCCUCAACAUGAUGGCGUCGAUCGAGCGCGACUCCAUCGCCGCCCUUCUUGGUGAAGGCAAGUUCUCCGCCGCCAUGCACCAGCUCAACGCCAUGCACGACUCGGGCGUCUCAGCUGCCCGCUUCCUCAUCGACUCGGUCGCAGGCCUCCUCGCCAAGCAUCGGCUGUAUCUAGUUGACUUUCUGCUUCAGACUCCUCCAGAGCUUGGUGUUACGCCCAAGGAGCGUGCAAGGCUCGAGCAGCGCAAGCUCGGCAUCCGCGUCCUCUCGCUCAUGUCGGAGACCCAGCAGCGCCGGUUUGCAUCGCUUGAGGACUCCCCGGCGCUCAUCGUCGAGACGCUGUUGAUGAACGAGGAAGUUGCCUCUCUCUCAGCUGUCUUCUCCGCCCUUGGUGCCGAACUCGGCUCUCAGCAGGGCCUCAUCAUGACGUACGCGCUCAAGGCGCUUGCGCUGCCAACCGAUGAUGCCGCCGCCGCCGCGCGCGUCCGCAAGCGCUGGGCGCUCCGCGGCAACCCAGCGGCCGACGACGAGGUCCGCGGCGGCCACUACUACGCGUCGGCGCCGAACCUGCAGCUUGGCAAAGCGCUGUUCUCGCUCUGUCCAGACGUCGCCGACGCUGCCCACGCAGUGGUCGGUGUCUGCGAGGGCCUCUCAGAGCAGCUCAGACGGGUCGAGGCUGUGCCCAUCGCUACCCCCGAUGCCGACGCCGACGGCGGCCCGGCUGUCCUCACUAGGGUCCAGGCCGCGUCGAUGCCUGCAAACGUUAUCGACCUCGUCCAACGGCUACUCAUGUUUGCCAAGUCGCUCUUCACCCGCCUCUACGCUGACGCGCUCGAAGCCGGCAGCACCGCCUUUGACCCCGAGGGUGUCUCGAUGUGCGACUCGUAUCUCUCGUACGUCGAGCUGAUGAAGCAGAUGUUCGCCGCCGGAUGCACCACGCGGGCUUCGCUUCGCGAUUUUGGCAAUCCGACCUCGGUCCGGCUUGUCGUCGACGCGCUCGUCCGCGAGGACCGCAUGCAGCUUGCCAUCGAUGUGGCAACCAAGACCGGGCUCGACCCGUCGACCACCUGGGCGAGAUGGGGCCUCAACCUCAUCCGGCUCGGCAACUACGAAGAGGCCCGGCGCAAGCUGCGAUUCUGCUUGGCGAGGCCGGGUGGCACGUCGCCAUCAAAGCGACAGGCCUCUGGUGCAGGCGAGGCGUCACGGACCCUGACCGAGGUGCUGGCGACGCUCGAGCGGCCGGCCCCGCUCUCGCUCGAGUUCCUCGAAGUCGCCAUGUACACAUUUGUCGGCGAGCCGCGCCCGGGCGCCAUGGGGCAGUUCUUUGCCCAGUCGGCAGAGCUCAACGCGCCGGUCUCGGCCUACUCGAACCUCAACAGCGUCCGCCUCGCAGAGGCUCGCUUCUACCUCGGCAAGUAUGGGACGCCGGUGGCGGAAAUCGAGUUUCUUAUGCGGCACGGUCUUCUUCGCGACGCGCUCAACGUUGUUGUCGCCUCAGCCGACGUCCCGCCGCUUGCCUUUGUCAAGCACGUCGUCGAACACGUUGUCGAGUUUGGCCGGCUCGACGAGAUGCAGACCAUCAUGCGCGACAUCGACCCGUCGCUCAACGAGUUCACCGAGCUCCUUGUCGCGUCUUGCGCGUACCUCUCCAAGCACGCCAAGCCCGUUGCGCUCUACGAGCUGCAGGUCUUUAUGGGCGACCACGUUCGCGCCGCGCUCUCAUGCAUUCAUCUAUUUCUCCACGCCCCGUCGGCCCGCGCACAGUACGGCCACAUGGAGCGAGCUGUCGGUCACUUUGAGGCCGCACUCGCCCAGCGCGACGCGCUCCGUGCAGCCCAGCGCCAGGCCAAGAUGGCCUCUGCUGUCGCCGCUGGUGGCGAGCUUGGCUUCAGCAUUUCCCGGCCAGUCGACACGCACGAUCCGACCGACCAGAUCAUGGACAAGGCAACCAUGACCCAGAACGUCCGCCGCGGUCGGCUGCAGCUCGAGAUCCUUGCCCACUACGCCGAGACCAAUGAGGCCGCGCCGUACAACCUGUUCGGGCGGACCAAGGAGCGGUGCCAGCUUGCGGAAGAGCUCCUCGUUCGCGACGCCUUCUCGCUUGCCUCGCGCAUCAUGGCCGAGUUCUCCCUCCCCUCCGUCCGCAUCCUCUCGUACUCGGCAGCCCGGAUGGCCGCCUCGGGCUCAGGUAACGCAGUCAAGUCGGUCGACAAGCUCCUCCGCAAUAUCAAGGGCACUGUGCCUGACGCCGAGUGGAACGCCGUCCUUCUCGCCGUCAUUCAGACCUUUGCAAGCCAGGGCAAGGUCAAGGUCGCCGAAAAGUACGUCAAACAGGCCAUCGGUGUUGCCACCGCUGUCUCGGGCUACAUCGAGUGUGGCAAGUACAAGGCCGCCUACCUCCUCGCCGUCAAGCACCACGACGUCGACGAGGUCCGCCGCCUCCGCCAGUACGCCGUCGCCGCUGAGCCCAAGAUCGCCAACCUCUGCGACAAGUACCUUGCGCAGCAUCUGUAGCCGUAGCCUCCGCUCUCACCU